GGAAAGUCCAAGCAGAAGUUUCUAUGUCAAGGAUUGUACCUUAAACACAUUCUGAAAUCCAUGGGAAUUGCCUCUGAAGGCAAGAAAUAUGAUGCCAGAUAUUGGUUGUACUACCUAUCAACCAAGGGUGAAAAUAGAGCAAGUUGUGCUGCAAAAGAUGAAGGAUCUUCAGACAAUGUUCUAAUUUUAAGUCCAAAGAAGUCCUCAAAAAGGAAGCAAGUGGUAUGUCCCUGCCUCAGUGCUGAGGAACCACACACCCUAGCAGUAGUAAAUCUCGAUGAAGAAGAAGAAGUUUCUGCUCAAGGAGAACUUCAGAAGAAGAAGAGGAGAAUCUCCUCUCCCUCCACAUCUGGAAAUGCUAAUCCGGAUAACUCAGAGCAGAACCAACCACAAAAUAGUCUGCAAGAUCUUAAUGAGGUAACCCAUCAGGAUCAGAGUCUUCCAUCUCCUUCAUCACAAGCCAUUACUGAUGAAGUGAACAAAUUUAUGCAACUCUACUAUGUUUGGAGAGCUUGGUUGGUUGGAAACUCUGUAGAUCAGUUGCUUGAAUGGGAUCAACAACUAAAAAAUGAAAAGAUUAUCAAGAGGUGUUUGGGACUGCUAAUCAACUGCUUUUGUGAGCAAAUUUUGGAUGAGGAAUGGGUCUGGCAGAAAACCAAUGAAGGUCUGCUGCUGGAACACUUGACCACCUCUCCACCCUUAGAAUUUGAGGUUGAUGAUGACUACACAGUAGUCUACACACCUAUGUUCAUAAAUUCAGCUGGCAAUCAGACUGUAGACCAGGCUGAGAACAUCACUGUUGAAGCACAUGCAGACUUGGAAGUUGAAGCAGAGGAUUUCCAAGUUUUUCCGGAAUCCUCACCUGCCAUUGAAACUGGUCUUGCUGAAACCAUUCUGGAGAAUGAAGCCACUCCCCAGCAGGAAGAACAGAAUCAAACAGCAUCUGAAGAAGAGCUUAUGCAAUCCUUCUAAUUUCAGGUUCAAGAGAUCUUCAUAACCCCUUGUGAGAUCUCCAAUCAACCUGAACCUGAAAAAUCUCCAAUCAACCUGAACCUGAAAU